AUUAACUUUCUCCAGUUACCACACAUUCCUUCAUUCACUGUAUAUUGAGGUAGCAGACUACCGGAAUACCAUGUCUAGGGAAUCAGAGGGACGACUGUCAGACACCCCCCUGCCCUGCCAAGCCCCCAGCCUGCUGUACAACCACACUGCAGCCUUGCCUCAGCCCGUCUGCCUGCUUGCUGCCCGUCUGCUCCAGCCUGCCAGCCCGUCUGCUCACGGGGCUCUCUAAGGUUAUACUGCUCAGCCUGCGUUGCCUGCGUUGUCUGCUCCCUGCUUACUUGGACUUCUACCGUGUGUACUACUCCAGUGGCCGACGUAGAGGACACAGGGAUGUGUUAGCUGUGGAUAAACUGCUACAUACUCACUCAUGUAAACAAAGCCAACAUCAUCACCAUCAUUUCAAGUAGAAUCACAAGCCCAAGGCAGUAGCAGCACGUCUCUGUAGUCCCGAUCCCCCUGACUCCAGUAUGGGAAACUUCUGUUCCAUGGGGGCCUCAAGGCAGGCCAAGAAAGAGGCCAUGGAAGACGGCAGCAUGUACGAGAAGAAGAAACCAGAGGAGCCAACUGCAGAUGCCGCUCAGAGCGACACCACGAAACCAUCGAUCGUCAUUAGCGACGAUCAGUCCUCGAAACCUGCUGAAAGUGGAGGCUUCUUGUCCGGAGCUACCGACCUUAUUUCUAACACUGGUAGCCAGCUAAAGGACAUGGCUGAGAAGGAGAUUGAUGAGAAGAAGAAGGAGGCUGAGGCUAAGACAGAGGAGGUGAAGGAGACAGUCUCUACCAAGGUUGAGGAGGUUAAGGAGACAGUUGUUGCAAAGGCUGGGGAGAUUGGUCAGAAUUUAUCAUCAGGAUUCUCCAGUGCUGUUGGUGGGGUCAAGAGCAGUGUGGAUGACAAGGUGAAGGAAGCUGAGGAGGCCAAGAAGAAAACGGAGGAUUCCAUCGCCUCAAAGAAGGAAGAUGCUUCCACCGGCAUCUCUGGAACAGUGGCAGGAAUUGGCAAGACAGUUGAUUCCACAAAAGAUGCCGCUGCAGCCAAAAUUGCUGACACAAAAGAAAGUGUUGAUGGUAAAGUUAAGGAAGCACAAGAUUCAGCAAAUAAAGCUGCUGAUUCUGCCAAAGCUGCAGCCUUAGCUGCCAAAGAGUCUGCUGAAAGCAAGGUUGCUUCGGCCAAGGAGCAGGUUGAGAGUGAAGCAGACAAGGCAGCCAAGAGUGUCAGUGAUAGUGUUGACUCUGCUAAGAAAUCAGCAGAAAGCACAGUUACAUCUGCCAAGGAACAAGUGGAGUCAGAAGCAAACAAGGCUGCCCAGAGUGUCCGUGACACAGCUGAUUCCGCCAAGGCAUCCGCUGUGGCUGCUAAAGAGUCCGCUGAGCAGCAGGCAGAGCAAGCUGCAGCGGAUGUUGGCAACAAGGUUGAGUCUGUAAAGGCAGAUGCUGAAGCCAAGAAAGAGGAACUCGAAGCAUCAGUAUCUGCAGCAGCAGCUGAUGCCAAGAGCAAGGUCGAUUCAGCAGCUGAGGAGGCUAUGUCCAAGAAAGAUGAAGUUGUUGCUGGAAUCUCAGCUACAGCUGAUGAUAUUAAGGAGAAAGCUGAGACAGCUAAAACAGCUGCUGCAGCAGAAAUUGAAAAUAAGAAACAGGAGGCAGAGGCUGGUAUUUCUUCAGCUGUCACACAGGCUGAAACUGCAGCACAGUCAGCCAAGGACACAGUGGAAUCAGAGGCACAGAAAGCGAAGGAAGAGCUGGAGAAGAAGAAACAAGAGGUUGAGGCUGGUUUGGCUGCUGCUACAGCCGAAGCCUGCUCUGCUGCUGAAUCGGCCAAGGAUACUGUUGUCAGUGCAAAGGAUAGCGUCGUCACUGGAGUAACUGAAAAAGCAAGCCAAGUAGAGGCAGGAGUCACAGAAGCUAAAGAAUCAGCUGAAAAGAAAGUUGAUGAGGUUAGCAAAGAGGGAGAGGAAAUGAAAGCAGGAGCUGUAGCAGCUGUUGUCGGAUUAGGGGGAAGCAUGGCUGCAACGAAGGAUGCUGUAACUGAUGAAGUCAAUACUCAGAGUGAGAACGUCAAGGAAGCUGCUGGGAGUGUGGAGGCUGAGCUUGCUGCCCAGAAGGAGAAUGUGGAGUCUGUUGUGGGUGAUGCAGCUCAGACAGUAGAGGAGGGAUUGGAUAAGGCCAGUAGUGAGGCAAGCGCUGUUGGUGGGGAGAUUCAAUCAGGGUUGGUGGCGGCUGCAACAGAGACUGGUGAUGCUGUUGCGAAACAGGCUGCUUCCACUGGGGAGGAGGUGAAAGCUAAGGUGACAGAUGCUUCUGAGAGCGCCGAGGACAAGCUUGUUGAAGGAGUGGAUUCUGGUGCUAAGAAUGUUGCUGUAGGAGGUAUGGACUUGCUUGGUGAGAUUGAAGCCAGUUUAGAAACAGGGGAGAAGGAUUUGUCCAAAGAAGUUGAUGAUAUUCUUGGUUCUGUGGAUGAAUCGAUCACAUCAGGGGAGACUCAGGCCGAUUCUCUGAUUGGUGACAUCACUCCUCUCACAGCUUCUGUAACAUCUCAACAAACAGAAUCUUCCAUUCCUAGCGGAUCAGAUGCUGUCACCUCGCCUGAAGCCUGUGUCGAAAAUCGUGAGCAGUUUGCAGAUGACAUCAAACCAAAACAAAUAUCGGUCACACGCAACUCUGACUCGACAGUCACAACAAGAGACAUUAUCUCCAACACUGUUGCCGUAAUCCCAGACUCCCCAGUCAAAGAUCAGAAACCUCAGGAAUCAGAUGGCACUGGUGUUGGUGGUCUCCUGUCUGGUUUCACUGAAACGGUUAAAACCGGGAUCACUGACUCUGCACAGAAAGUCACAGAUCUGCUUGACAGUGCUGUUGAUUCCUUCGGUAAAUCUGACAAACCCGAGUCAUCAGAAGAACAGCCAGCCACAGAUGCACCAACUGCUGAAUCAGAAGAUGAAACGGUGAAAAGAAUUGCUGCUGAAGUAACUGCCCAAGCAGUUCAGCAAGCUCUAGAAGUAGUGGCAGCUGAAGAGGCAAAUAAUAAUGUAGCAGCACCUGAAUCUAACCCGGAUGAGGCCCCUGUUGAUGUUCUUAACUCGGAGGAUGCUAAGCCUAGUACUGCCCCUAAUGACACUUCCAUAGUGAAUGCCCCUAAUCAAAGUGAGAAUGCUGACGUGGAGGUCCAAUCUGCUGAGUCCAAUUCCAACCAAGAUGCUUCUCCAGCUCCUGCUCCAGUGAACGGCAGUGUUGAGGGGGCUGCCGUGACGGACUCAGACAGGCAGGCCGACUGUUCAGACUGUUCGACAAGCCAAAACACUGAGAUUCAAAAGGAAGCUAUGAUCUAAUAUGUGUGUAGUGACCACUGUACAUGUGUAAAUUCUUCUACAACUAUUUACAAACAUACCACGAGGAUGGACACAAGUUCACUCCCACCUGGUACUGUGCCUUCUCGUUACAAUCGUCUUGUGUAGCAUACAGAGGCUAUUUUUCAAAAAAUGGAUUUUGAAACGUGAUAUGUGAUCUGUUAUCAGUGUAAACAUAUCGAAUGUGCUCCUUGCAGCACAGGAAUUAUCUUAUCAGGAUCUAGUUUGCAUGAACCUGGAUUCUGUGUUGUCAUGGAAACUGGUGGAUACUUAUCGGAGUGAUGCUGCUAUGAGUGUGUGAGAUGAGAUGGUGAUCCAUGUGGAAUGUAUUGAUUUGAUUACUGGAGAAAUAGGAGCUUUGAACGGGGGUAAUUGAAUUACUCAAAUUAGAAGCUUUGACAGAAAGUUUAUACAAGGGUAAUGGAUGAGACCUGUGGAUUUCUUAUUGGCUCGUUAUUACAGUGCUUCUCUUUGAUUCCACGGAAAGCUUGACCUGAGUUCAGAUAGAUUAUUUACGUAGAAAUUUCAUUCAAAUAUUUUCACUGCCAUAAGAUUUAUCAAAGCCACACAAAACUGACAGGAUUAAAACAUAUUUUGAUUGUGGACUGGCAUUAAUAUGUAUGCGCAAGUAAUGGUACUGUGACGUUUGUGGUCGCCCACUACACACCUGGCAGUGUUCGAAAUCAUGUUUGAAUGUUUUGAAAGGUUCCUUGUCCAAAUCCUAAAGUAGGGAGUUAAAAAAUCAGGGGAUUUUAGAUACAAGUACUAUAAAAUCAGUGAGGUUUGAGUGGUUAAAUUGUUGGCUUGUCGUACCAAAAGCCUGGGUUUGAUAUUUCUAUUGCUAAAACCAGUGAAAAGCCGAACUCACUAAUGCAAAAGGCCUCUAUGAACCAUUCAUCCCCCUUACUUUCGAACACUGCCUUGUCAAAGAUGAGGCUAGACUUGCUGGUUUACGGAUUUUUGGCGCCAAAGUUCGGUGGGUGGGUAAUUACAUUAUAAAAAACAUAAUUCCAAUUUCAAUUUUUUAGCUUUUUUUCCCUCUCGCGAUUCUUCAUAAUUUGAUGUAUUUUUUAUUUUUUUUAAGAUAUAUGUUCAACUGGUUUUAGUCAUGGUUUUUUAAUAAUUUAUUUAAUGAGGUGGGCGUUUUAACAAUUUUACUUAUUUCUGGUCGGUAGAAUAAAAAACCCACUGCUUGUCAUUUUUCAAUUUUUUUGAGUUGGCGGAUUCGUAAACCACAUUGUAAAAGAGCCUGGCCUUAUAUUCGUUCACGACAACAACGAAAAGGUUACUGUACCAAUGAAGUUAUCAUCAAACUGAACUCUGUAGAAUGAGAUGACUAUUCUUCUCGACACGUUGUUCAAGCAUAAUGACUAAGGAUAAAGAAGCAGCUACGCACAGGAUCUACAGUGGUCAGUCAUAAUGCAUCUCUGAUUGAAGGAAUUGGUCAGACAUGUUUGUACCAUAGAGUAUGUUCCAUAGAUAGCUGCCAGUAGGUUUGAUAUAACUUAUUUAUCAUGAGCUAAUCACUUAGGUGAAAUAAAUGCAUAUCAUAUGGUUCGUAUAUUUAUAUAUGUUCAUCAAGUAGUCCCUAUAAUAACAUUCAUAUAUGGAAUGAAAAUCCAAACUGUCCUGAUAAUGAUUGAAAUCCAUUGUCGUUGAAUUCCAAACUUGUCUCAUGUUAAAGUUGAACGCAGUCAAACACGUUAUCUCGAAUACAGCAAGACCAGUUUGCCACUUUGAGAUAUCUGUACAUUGGAGGUAAGGGACCGAUAAUUGAUACUCUGUGUGUGUUGGGGGGGGGGGGACUGCGAUUUUGUGUUGUUAUUUUUUUAGUUAAAACUAUAAGCCAAAAUAGUUUUUUGUCUAAAAGACACAUCGGGAACAAUUUCAUAUUUGUGGCCUACAUUUUUUUUUAUCCAACAUUAUGAAGCAUAAUUAUUUUUUUAAAGAUUUUCAGGGACAAUUUACUUUUUUCAAUAAAAUCCCAGCCCCCCUCACCUCCAGAAUAUCAAAUGCUCGGCCCUUAGCGAGGUUCAAGGUAACAGGGUUCGACUACAUGCUUUGAGUAAUAUUUGAUCCCCUUAUUUAUUCAUCUUGGCUUUCACCAUUUUGCAAUUUGAAAGUUGUUUAUUAUUAUUAAAUUCUACCUGAAUGUUUGGAAAGAUAUCCUUACAAUUCAUAAAAAUGUCAAAUUAAGACAAAAAUAAUGUAAAAAUCUAAAUAUAUUUUCAUUCGUAAAAUUGGUUAUGUUAGUUUUUUCAUGACAGCACAUGUUCAUGAUUUUUAUUUUUUCUAUAUUCCUAACAACUACUAACAAUGAUGGCAUGUGUAGCCGUAAUUAACUUCCCACAUCAAAGCUGAACUCGACCUAAUCAUCUUCUCAUCACAAAGUUCUUUAAACCUUUUCAUAAAUAUGCUUUUUCUUCAAUGUCCUUUUUGAAUACUCCACGUUUUUGCAUUUAUUUAUUUUUCUAUCAUGGACAUGUUUGUCUUUAGGGAAAUGUCCCCAAAAUCUCGAUGACCCUUGCACACAUAUCAGAUUUGUUGUAUACUACUCAAAAGAAGUUAAGGAUCACUCAAUGACAGAUAGGAUGGAUUGACUGUUGACGUAUUAUUUUAACAAAGUUGGAUGCAGUAAGGAGACAUUUCCUGUAAAUUCAAGAACACAUGACACCAGCAUCUUCAGAAUCAAAUCAGCUCAAUACCAUAGGGAAGGUAGUCUGUCUAUAAAAGUGUAAAGAUAAAGACCUUUUAAAUUUUUUAAAAAUGUUUAACCUCUUUGUAGAAUUAUUUUGGUAGUGAUCUCAACCAAAUAUUUGCCAAAACACUAAUAGAUGAAAAAAUAUUUCUUGGAAUGAAAUGCCAAAAGUAUACUUCCUUUCUGUAUAGCCUGACUUUGAAGCUUUCUCGAUUAAUGAAAUAAGAUUACUGGGAAGAGUUAAAAAAAAGUAUUUUCUCAAAAUCAUGAUUUUAUAUCACAAUACUUGUUGAUUUGAAAACAAUUAUAUAAAUAAGGAAGAGAAUUUAUGGAUGCAUAAAUGUUUUGUCAGGGAACUGAUAGAUAGUACAGACAUGUGAGACUGUCGCUGCGAACUAUUAGACUGCAGCGGCAAUUUCCAUUGCAUGAUGGGUACAUAUAUACCGUAUUUCCUGUAUUAAGACGCCCAGGCUUCUAUUUAUUAUGGACAAGCCUUUGACCCGGCAUCUAUUGGAGGCCCGGCAUCUAUUGGAGGCCCGGCAUCUACUGGAGGCCCGGUGUCAAUUAGAGGCCCGGUGUCUAUUGGAGGCCCGGCUUCUAUUAAUACCCCCAUUUCACUAUGACCACGAAUUUAGGUCCCAAAAUGGGAUAAUUAAUUGUAUCAGUUGAUCGAUCCGACGUCUAUUAGAGGCCCGGCUUCUUUUUUUUGCACUGAACAAUUGACCUGGCUUCUAUUAGAGGCUGGCAUCUACUAGAGGUCCGGCGUCUAAUAGAGGAAAUAUGGUAGUCUUAAUGCAUGUUUUUACAUGUUAAACAGUACUUGUGGAGACUAAGAUAUCAAGAGUGUGUCCCCUAGCUAUGACUCAACCACAGUGCACUUAUCUCCCCUUCUUGCCACCAUAACAUACAUGAUCAGGGACCUGCUUUUAAGAAUGCCAGCCAUUAUGAUGUAUAUCUAUCAUUUCUGGUAUUUUUUACACCUUUUUAUACUGGCAGAAGUUCGUUCCAUGCUGUCAUUGAUGCUAGUUCAGAAUAGCUGUGUCAGCAUAUUCAAUAUUUUAGGAAGUCAAUAUGUUGAGAAUUUGAUGGAGUGAGCGCCAGAAAAGAACUUGAUGCAUAGUCCUUCUAAAGGGGUGGGUAAUUAUUGAGUUUGAUGUGAAUGAUUUAUGUACCGCUGUACAGCAUUGGCAGCCUGUUAUAUACUUAGGGACCAGUAUUUAUUAUAUAUUUGAGUGGAGGCAGAUGAAAUCAAGGGUAGAUCACCAAAAGCUAUGUCAGUCUCAAGGGGGGCAUACAAAAUUAUACACCUUUUUGGGGAGAUACAGGAAAAUAAUGUAUAAGGACAUGGGGAGGGUCAUCCAAAAAUAUGACAAGGGAACAUUUGAGAGUAAUUAUUUUCAGUAUACUAGUGUAUCAAAGACAUCUGACCCACCCCCUGUAAUAAAUGGACUGUCCCUUGGUACAAGUUAGAAUUUCUUUGAUUUGAAAAUCAUUUCUCAACUUUGUUGCCAUGAAAACAAAUAUGUUCAAAAUAUGAAAUGGCUGUGAAAAAAGAAGGCAAACUUAUAAGGCCAGUCAUCUGUUGGUAUGUUGGCACGGGUGGCGUAGUCGGCUAAGGCACACGAUUCACUGUGCAGAGUUGCGUCCCUUGGGCACGCCAGAAACCUAUGAUUGUGGGUUCGAAUCCAGGUUCGCCCCGAUUAUGUUUCUAGGUUUGUCAGCACCAUACCCGUGCUCGUGGGUUUCACCGAAGUGGUAAACAUCUGAGAUCUGCAUCACUUCGGGCUUUCCUCCCACAUUAAGCUGACACACUGUGAUAUAACAGGAAUACUGUUAAAAGCAGUGUUAAACCCAACUCACUCUCUCUCUCUCCAACAUCAUGCUCGUAUGCCAUGGUAUAACUGAAAUACUGUUCAAAGUGACGUCAAACCUAACUCAUUCACUCCCUCUUUCUGCAUGAGUAUGCCUUGCUUCAAAUGGUUGGUAUAAAUAGACAAUGUUGGAAAUUCAGAAUAAAAAUCAAAGAAUCCUUUACCCUGGUGAUGAAUAUCAGGGGUUAAAGCUUCCAAAACCUUUUGCAGAAAACCUCAAAGAUCACUCAGUCUUCAUCACUGAAUGGUGAUUCUCUGUAACCCUCCAAGCAUCUCGGCCUUGAUUCCUCACAAACCAUUGUAAGCCUGAGAAUUCUCUGAUUGAUUUAAUUGCUACCAGAGCCAACUCGAUGUUUAUGCCGUGGGUUAUACGAUUGGCAGUUCGUUAAAGACUUGUGUAAACCAAUCAUGCAGCUUGCUUGGGGGUAAAGUAUCAAAAGUGUUCUCACAAUAACUUCUGAUGUCAGAACUCGGUAUACAAGAAAUGAGGACUGAUUGAAAAUGUUUGUUUUGGAAUCACCGAUACGUUAUCAGGUCGGGAGGUUGUAUGAUGAGAACCUGUUAAUAGUGUUUGGUUCUGAAGAUAGUUUUCCUACAUCUGUGGUAUGUAUGGCAGUGUCAUUAUAAGUGAGAUAGGGUUAAAGUAUUUGUAUUGAAGAAUCUGGAUUGAGUUUGACUCAAAUCUGAAAAAUAAGUUUUGAUUAAGUCAAUAUAAUUUGCUUCUAAAACUGUUGGUAUCUUUCUGUGGGGAUUUAGAGACCUAGUAUAAUUGAUUGUCUGGAAAUUGACAGUAAUUGUUGAUACAUUAUCUAUUUGACAACUGAUUUCCACAUCCUACAGGGUUAAAAUGGACUGAGGUUCACAACAGCAGGCUGUGCUGGUGUAAGUUCACAACAGCAGGCUGUGCCAGUGUAAGUUCACAACAGAAGGCUGUGCUGGUGUAAGUUCACAACAGCAGGCUGUGCUGGUGUAAGUUCACAACAGCAGGCUGUGCUAGUGUAAGUUCACAACAGCAGGCUCUGCUAGUGUAAGUUCACAACAGCAGGCUGUGCUAGUGUAAGUUCACAACAGCAGGCUCUGCUAGUGUAAGUUCACAACAGCAGGCUGUGCUAGUGUAAGUUCACAACAGCAGGCUCUGCUAGUGUAAGUUCCCAACAGCAGGCUGUGAUAGUGUAAGUUCAUACCUGUUUCAAUAUCCUCACUCAAAGACAUGGGUCCUUUGGGGCAUUUCCAUCCUCUUUCAAUGAUUCUCAGAUAAUUACCAAUAGAGUCCAAUACAACAUCCAACCCACAACUUGAGCCUGUAGACUGACUGACAGCAGUAAGAGACAGCGACACUUUCACAAGUUGUAAGUGUCAAGUUCAAUAGGCGUGAUUCUGCAGUGAUGGCAGUAGACAGCUUGCAGCUUGCUUCAUUGUCCAUAUCUUCCAGCUGUUACAUUUUGUUUGCCGUAGGCACUGUAAGUCUUUGAAUUAAUUCAACCUUGAUGCUAGUAACGGUACUAUAUUAGGGCACUUUUGAUUUAAAAAAAAUAAAAUUCUUUGUUCCAAGAAAUUAAAAUUAUUUUGUAACUCAGGUUUUAAAAUAAAAAUUGAGUCGAUCAUCCGACAUGCUGGAUGUUCAGAAAGAAAUAUACUUUUUGGCUGCUCUUUUGAAAGAGUUUUUUUUGUCGUGAAGCCAUGAUUAAAAGACGUGUCUCUAAAAGCAGUGUAAAAACCAACGCUUUCAUCCUGCUGAAAACACUUAUUCCACCUGUCAUACUGUACUUAUGACACCUGAGAAAAAUGUAAUUAUUUUUUUUCAAUGACUUAUUGUGUUUCUCCCACAAGAAAGAACAGAUCAGUGAAUUUGAAAUCAGGUGUCAAGUGUCUAAUUGCAUCUGGUGUUGAAACCUGAAUUGGCUGCAGUGUUUAGAAUCAUAUGUUUAAAGAGAUUACCGUAUUACCUCUAAUAUAUUCGGCGGUAUUUAGAGACCCACUACCAACGAUGUUGCUUGCAUAAGUUGCAGUGGCUGAUAAAGCGACAUGCAGUAAAAUUUUACGUUCUUGACACAGAAAUUAUUUCUAGGUAGAGAGCAAACCUGAACAUACUAAUAUGAAAUUGCGAGUAUAAACCUUUGCGUGUAGAACUACAAAAUUGAUAUCAUACAUGCAAAGAACAGGCGUCAGCGCUUAUUAGAGGAAAUGCGGUAUUUAGCCUGAGGAAAGAAGGAAUCUCUCAAGAGUAAGUCUCACUGUUUGUUUGUUGAAAGGCAGAACACCACCUGGCAUGUUACAAUUUUCAAAGACGAGAAAAUAUUCUAACCUCGUCCACAGUUCUCAUGUGGCAUUUUAUUGAGUCUGAAUCACAGAAUCAAAGGUUUUAGUGAUUUUCUCAUCAUUUUUGAAGAAACACAAUCAAUCAGAUUCGCUGAUUUGUGAAUUCCCAUGGGAGAUGAUCUUUAGAAGACGCAGAUUGAGUCAUUUAGGAACAAAAUGGACAAAUCGGCACAAAUCUUCUGACAGUCUGUCACUCUCAGACAUGGAUGGCAUGAGAUUAAUUACUGUUUCAUCUCGUUUGGAUAAAAGAGCAUUUCAAAUAUGGAAAGAAAAAUCUUUCCGAUUCUUGUAUAAUUGAGCAUCGGGAUGAAGACCAAACUGGCAAUCUGUAGAUGCCGGUCUGGCACCAUCAUCCCAGUGUUCCUCGAUGACUUUGUCUUCAGCUUGUGUGUGCUUCAUUUGCAGUGGGUCUGUCAGUGUUCAUCAGCUGCUAAUUAUGUACUAUGCUAAUUAUCUAAUUAUUUCUUUGCUGACGCCUUCAGCCCAGAGUGGUUAUGUAAUCGCCUCUCUAGUCACGAUAAAAUAAUCACUUUUCUA